AUGGCCAGCGAUCCGUUGAACCAGGUCCACAACGUUCCAAUGCUGAGAAAUCGCCUGCGGCGCAGUCAACAUCACCCACCCAAUGCCGCCAUCGACAUUACGUCGCACGGUUCUGACUGGCUUUGGGCCGCUUUCGCCGUCUUCACUCUAACUGACCUCGGUAUGGUCGCUUGGAUGUGGUUGCAACCAAAGACGCAACGGGUCCUCCACCUGUUGCCGAUUGUUAUCCUCACCGCAUCAGCCGUAACAUACUUCACGACGGCAUCCGACCUCGGCAGCACCCCGAUCACUGCCGAGUUCUACGGCAACCACCACCAGGACCAGGCUGGCGAUCCUGCGACUCGUGCGAUCUGGUACGCUCGGUACAUCGGAUGGACCUUCUCCCUACCGCUCCUGGUCGCGGAAGUCCUCCUCACGACCGGCAUGAGCGCGACCGAAGUUGCAUCGGCACUCUUCAUGCAAGUCGUAUUUGUCGUAUCCUACCUCGUUGGCGCCCUGGUGUCGACGACAUGGAAGUGGGGCUACUUCGUCAUCGGCACCGCCGCGCUACUUUAUGUGAUCUCCUAUCUUGUCGGCCCAGCACUCGUUGCCGCUGGUCGCAUCGGCACCGACGUUCGCAAGGUCUACCUGUGCUCUGCCCCGUUCGUCGCAUUCCUGCUCUUCCUGUACCCAAUCGCCUGGGGUUUGUCCGAAGGUGGGAACGUCAUCCACCCCGACUCCGAGAUGGUGUUCUACGGUGUACUCGAUUUACUGAUCCAGCCCGCAUUCUUGUAUGCGUUCUUGUAUCGGUUGAAGGACAUCGACAUCUCUCGUUUUGGGUUCGCACCUCGUGAGGCCGUAAUCUCCGAGAAGCCCGCAGCUACGGCAUAA